GUUAUGAGAGAAAGCACUAUAUUAAGCAUGUUCUUUGUUCAAAGCGUCAACAAAUAUCAUCGUCUGUAUUAAAUUGUUUGAUUCAUCUUAAAACCCCCUUUCAAGCACACUCGCUGAAUCGGCAGUGAGCGGCGUUUUAAUUAUUUGCCACUCCUGUAUCAAACAUCCAUUCAGCUGCCAAAUUGAUGAACCUUCUCUUUAUAACAACGUAAGAAUGCCGCAUCCAUCCAUCCAUCCAUCCAUUUGAUUGACACUUGUUAUAUACAUAUAGAUGCCUCCCAAGUUCGAUCCCAGUGAGGUUAAGAUCAUCUACCUCCGUGCUACAGGUGGUGAAGUAGGUGCCUCCAGUGCUCUUGCCCCCAAGAUCGGUCCUCUUGGUUUGUCCCCCAAGAAGGUUGGUGAAGAUAUCGCCAAGGGUACCAAGGACUGGAAGGGUCUCCGUGUCACUGUCCAAUUGACCAUUCAAAACCGUCAAGCUCAAGUUUCCGUUGUUCCUUCCGCUUCCUCUUUAGUCAUCAAGGCUCUUAAGGAACCCGUUCGUGACCGUAAGAAGGAAAAGAACAUCAAGCACUCUGGUAACAUCUCUCUUGAUGAUGUUAUUGAAAUUGCUCGUACCAUGCGCUUCAAGUCCUUGGCUCGUGAACUCAAGGGUACUGUCAAGGAAAUCCUUGGUACUGCUUUCUCUGUUGGUUGUACCGUCGAUGGUCAAAGCCCCAAGGAUAUUCAAGACGCUAUUGACGCUGGUGAGAUCGAAAUUCCUGAAAAAUAAACACUUAUUUUUUGUGGAAAUUGAAUGUGUUGCUUUUUUCUGUAUACAUAAAUGCCCCCCUUUUUUUGCCUCGAUAGUCUUAUAAAAAUUGUAUUGUUGUGAAUAUGCUUUAUGCGCGCGCGUGUGUGCUGUGAAGUCUAUGAUGUAUGUUUUUUUGUCAACCAAUCUCGAUUGAAGGAACUGUUUUUCCGGAAGCUCCGAAGUGUGUGCUUAUGUUUCACGUUUAAAAGAAGCUGGACCUCUUUUAAUUUUUCUCUUUUUUUCAACAU